UUUCACAGGAACAUUUUACCUGUUUCUGUGAGGCAUUUUUUCUCCUGGAAGAGACAAGCUGAUUGGCCCCAAAUGACUGACAACUUGGUGUAACGAAAAUUUCCAAUGUAAACUGAUUUUCCCUCAGUUUCAGCAAUUUUAUAUCUAUAUAUAGAGAUAUCUUUGUCAGAAUUGCAUUGUUAGCUUCUCCUGGUAAACUAAUUGCCUCACAUUGUCAGGGCAAAUAGAAAUCUAUUAAUGGGUCUCACUUCCCAACUGAUCCCAACCCUGGUCUGCUUACUGGUUUGUACCAGCAACUUUGCCCACGGACACAAGUGUGAUAUCACCUUGCAAGAGAUCAUCAAAACGCUGAACACCCUCACUGCGAGAAAGAAUUCGUGCAUGGAGCUGACUGUAGCAGACGUCUUUGCUGCCCCAAAGAACACGACUGAGAAGGAAACCUUCUGCAAGGCGGCAACUGCUCUUCGGCACAUCUACAGACACCACAACUGCUUGAGCAAACACCUGAGCGGACUUGACAGGAACCUCAGCGGCCUGGCAAACACGACCUGUUCUGUGAAUGACUCCAAGAAGAGCACAUUGAGAGACUUCUUGGAAAGGCUAAAGAAGAUUAUGAAGGAGAAAUACUCAAAAUGUUGAAGCUG